CUCACGCUAACAUGCGAGAUCCGAAGAACCGACUCCACUGCGCGGUCGCAUUCCGCCCUGACUUCCCCUCCGCCAGCGGCCUGGUGCUCUGAGAUGAGCAGAAGAUGUCGGUUUCGGGGCUGAAGGCCGAGCUGAAGUUUCUGGAGUCGAUUUUUGACCCAAAUCACGAGCGGUUUCGAAUAAUAGACUGGAAACCCGACGAACUAAGUUGCCAAUUCAACGUCACAAGAGAGAAGCUGCUGAUCAUCCAUUGCAACAUCACGGAAUCGUACCCAUCAACGUCCCCGAUAUGGUUUGUUGACUCUGAUGAUCCCAGCCUGGCUGAAGUAUUGGAGCGCCUGGAGGAUGUUAGGAAAGGCAGCACGUUGCUUCUUCAGCAAUUGAAGCGGCUUAUUUGUGAUCUCUGUCGGCUUUACAAUCUGCCACAGCAUCCAGAUGUGGAAAUGCUGGACCAGCCUUUACCUGCUUGCCCGAUCACACAAGAGCGCAAGCAUGGGCCAACAGAUGAGGUGACAUCUGAAGAGGAAGAGGAGGAGGAAAUGGGAGAGCAGGACAUAGAUCUGGACCAAGACCUGGACCAUUACGACAUGAAAGAAGAGGAACCCCCAGAGGGUAAAAAGUCAGAAGAUGACGGAAUAGAGAAAGAAAACCUGGCCAUCUUGGAAAAAAUACGUAAAAAUCAGAGACAAGAUCACUUGAAUGGCGCCGUUUCUGGUUCAGUUCAAGCCUCGGAUCGCUUAAUGAAGGAACUCAGGGAGAUCUACAGGUCGCAGAGUUACAAGACCGGUAUUUAUUCAGUCGAACUAGUCAAUGACAGCCUUUAUGAAUGGCACGUCAAGUUAAGGAAGGUAGAUCCAGAUAGUCCAUUGCAUAGCGACUUACAGGUUCUAAAAGAAAAGGAAGGAGUGGACUUCAUUCUGCUCAAUUUCUCUUAUAAAGAUAAUUUUCCUUUUGACCCUCCUUUUGUACGGGUUGUCUCUCCCGUGCUUUCUGGAGGCUAUGUUCUAGGAGGAGGAGCGUUGUGCAUGGAACUUCUCACAAAACAGGGCUGGAGCAGUGCCUAUUCAAUAGAAUCUGUUAUUAUGCAGAUAAAUGCAACUCUGGUUAAAGGCAAAGCCAGAGUGCAGUUUGGAGCCAAUAAGAACCAGUACAAUCUUGCCAGAGCACAACAGUCGUACAAAUCGCUGGUGCAGAUUCAUGAAAAGAACGGCUGGUACACACCACCUAAAGAGGACGGAUAAGAAGCUGCCACCUCUAUGCACUGGGAACACGUCAUCUUUGGGUCACCUUGUUUUAUUCAGAAUAUUUUCCCUCUCUGACUUGCUGGGAAUAUAUCAUCUUUCUCACAGAAACCAUCUCGCUGCCUCAUUUGAUAAGUAUUCUCCUGGAAAAACUAAACUGGUUUCGUUUUGUUCCCUUCUCUCCUUCCCUCGGAGCUUCAGUGAGAAGGCGAGGGCAUCGCUCGUCCCGUUUUCUAAAUGUUCUUUUGUGUUGGGGAGGAGAAAAAAUAUAUAUUUUUCUUCCUUUAGAUGUGAGGAAAUACUUUUUCUUUAGCUGCUUUGGCGAAGUGGAGCCCCACAGUCAGUUUCCCUCUUGUCUAAAUGACGUUUUUCUUUUUUUUAAAAAAAGAUCAAAACCGAAGCUCUUGAAGUGGCACCUCAUUGCACCAGUUUUUAAAUUAACUGUGAUUUGAUUUGAUUUUUUUUUUGUUUUUCUUUUCUUUUGGAAAUUAACAGGUACAUAAAUGCAUAUAUUGUUUUUAGACAUUGUUUGAAAACUUCUUUUUUUUUGUUGUUGUUAUUUGAACAUCCUAGACAAUAAAAGAUGUUGGGAGCGUAUCUUAAAGCCGAGAAGAACUGCUCCACUUUUCAAAAUGUAUGAAGUGUAGAAUAAAAAAGCUUCAGUGUUUCUGAACGAAGAUCAGCCGAAUAGGAAGAUUACAUGUGAUGAUAUUUUACGUUUUGCCUUGUUUCUGUUCUCGCCCCUCAAAGUGCUGGUGGACGUUUCAUUUUUUCAGCUCAGAAUUGGCAGCAUGUUUUCAUUCGCAUCUUUUUCUUUGACCUGGAAUCGGCUCUGUGUAGACAACUGAAGAUUUUUGUUGUUUUUUUUCCCCCCCAACAAAGUGUGGCUAUUAAAUGAGUCCACCCUUAAUUCAGUUUAGAGUUAACCAAAACAUUUUAAUCUCUCUUUCUUUUUACUCUUCUGCUGCCAGAAGAGUAAAAAGAAACAGAAAGUUCCUCCCUAAAUCACCAAAUAAGCUAUUCUAGAUCAUUUUUUACCUAAAUAUUCACAGUAAACAAACCAUUUUGUUUACAUUUCCUGGUGGUGUUUGACUUAUUUGUUGUUGGUAAAAGCUGAAAGUGGGCAUUAAAUGCUUAAAUCUGACAUUUAAGCACAGAAACCUCAAAUUAUCCUCUAUUUAAACAUGUUUUAGCUCUUAUUGCUGUUUGAGCCUGUUGACUUUUAUACAGUCUAACAGAUUGUGCCCAGAUUAAACCAUAAAAACUCAAAGUGAACUUUCAAGUGCACUAAACGUCUUCAGAAAUGAAAAACAGUUUGCAAAAUCUAAAACUGAACCAUUUAUUACCAGUUUCUUCUGAUCUUUUUAUUACUUUUUCUACUAAAACAUUUCGGUUUCCUGUUUAAUAGCCACACCUUGUCGGUUAGUUUCAGCUUUUCUGUUUCCAGAACCCUUUUUGUCUCCAGAAUGUUACAUGAAAUGUUUUUUUUUAUAUUGGAAUCAGAGAGGGGUUGGUAAUCUGACGUAAAUCUAAAAAUCUUGAUGAAACUCAAACAUUUUGCCCUCCGGUUACACACACUGUAACUCAAUCUGAUGGUUCUUUUGCAGUUUAUUUGCUAAUACUAUCUGUAAAAGUAUGUCUUAAAGGCAACUCAGGUAAUCAGCGACUCUUACGCAAAGGUUCGUGCAUAUUUGUGUUGGGUUAUCUGGUUUUCUGGCUGAACAAAAAGAAACUAAAUAUUUUAAAAAAACAAUUAUUUUUGUCUUUAAUUCAGUUGAAGACGCUGACGGAAGGAGCGUGAGGAUUUCUGUAGCAUGACGUACCUCUUCUUCGAUAUCCACUGUAAUAUUUGCUUUGUUUACUCCCAGUUUUUGUGUGCAAUCAAAUGUUUCCAGGUCAUUUGCAUAGCUGGUCUUGGAGAAUCGCUAUAGGAACAUGCGAGGUUCAUAUUUUCAGGUCAGAGAUACAAAAAAAAAAAAACCUCGCUCCACAUCCUGUUGUUGCAUUUGUUUGGGGGAGAGUUUUUCACCAGGAUAUUCACACCAUGGAUCUUUUUGGCAUUUUUACCAACAACUUUAGCUGCAAAGUCUACAUUCAUCUGGGAGAGUGCCUCCUAAAACAAGCCGAAACGCUGAUCACAGGAGAUGUUAAAGGAGGCUGACGGACAGGAAGUGAUCACUUCUCCACGCGUCCCAACCUGGACUGUGUUUGGAAACAACCGUUUUCUCUCGACUGUCGUUGAAUUUUGAAUUUGUUUGAAUCGCCAACAGAGACGAUUGAAUCUUGCUUUUGGCUCGCCCCACUUUCUGUUUAUUUUUCAGUUUCCAUUUGAAGAUAUUUUGACCGUGUAUAGCAAUUUGUAAACUUGCAUCAAGUUUAUGAAUAAAGAAUUUUAAAAUA